AUGAGUGAAUCCGAUUCCCCACCAAAGAAAAUACCAAAAACAAAUGGGCUGGCCCCAAUCUUUGGAAAACCUCAAAUUGCAGGCAGCUGGACUAGUCUGCAUCAGGAAUUGAUGUUCUUCACUCCAGAUGACAUUGAGCAUCGGGAGAAGAUUGCUGGUUUUGACAUGGGUAGGUUCUUUAACAAUCAUGUAUGAUAGACGUGGUCAUAUAUUAUAUUAUUAUUAUAUGUUUAUAUUAGUUCGUAUACUCGAAUAUAUGAUUUGCGUGGGCAUAUAUUAUAUUAUUAUUAGAUGUUUGUUCGUAUAUUCGAAGGUUUUUAGAUGGAACAUUAAUCAAAACAAAGUCGGGUAAUGUGUUUGCGAGGAAUUUCGAAGACUGGCAGUUGUGGGACCAUAAAGUAAGCAGAAAGAUUAAAAAAAACUCUACAAUGAAGGUUACAAAAUCUGCAUUUUUACGAAUCAAAAAGGUCUUUCUGUAAGUUUUUAUCUUAUUUUUUGGGAUUUUAGGUAUUUUUUCUAUAACAAGAUGUUUUAAAAAGCAGAGUUUCUGUUAACUGGAUUUGGCUAUGUCAUAAUAGUUAAUAUUAGUUGUAGUACUCUAAAUUACUGCUAGUGCUCUAUAUUACUGAUAACUUAAACUGAAAAGCACUUAACAUAUUAGACGACGUUGUUUUAGACCAAAAAGGUUGACCCAAACCAGUUGAAGAAGAAGAUUCUGAAGAUUUGUAGCGCGAUCGGAGUACCAAUUCAUGUUUUUGUUUCUCCUGGAGCUAGCAAGUACAGAAAGCCUUCAAUUGCAAUGUGGGAAUUCCUGGAGACUGAGGGUAAUGGUGAUGUUAAGGUAGACAGAGAACAGUCGAUUUAUGUUGGAGACGCUGCUGGACGAACUAAAACUUCUGUAAGUUGUUGGAUGAUUAGUUUUUGGGCUUGGAGUUUAAAAAUGGGUUUUAAAGUUUAAAAUUGUCUACAGUAAUUACUACAGUAAUUUUUAUUAUAUUUUUUAUGUUUAUUUAUAAUAGUUGAUCAAUAACCUUGUUGCUGCUUCUAUUCUGGGCAAACAAAUUCUAAAUUUUCUUGCAAAACAACAUUAUGAUACUUAUUUGCACAGAUGUUAUACGUCUUUUGAAAAACAUAAUAGUGUUAUUGUAAAAUACGUGACUUAAUUUCCACUUAUUUUUAGUUUAUAAUUGAAAAUGUGUUUGUUGUUUUAAUUAUGAAAUUUCAGAAACGGCCAAAGGCGGAUCAUUCAUCGGCCGAUCGUUUGUUUGCUUUAAACCUGGGAGUCAAAUUCGAAACUCCGGAACAGUUUUUCCUCGAUCAGCCAGAAGAAGAACCCUACAAAAUGCCUCAAUUUGAUCCGACACAGUUCUUGGAGCAGAACAAGCCACAGUUUGAGCCUGGUAAGUACUUUUUGGUAUUAUCAUGGGUAUUUUCCACUAUCAUCAUGGGCAGUAUUUUCCAGAUUUUUUUGGGGAAAACGAAGGUUGGAAAAGUUACAGUAUCUCGGGUUUAAAAAAUCUAAAAUGAUAAAAUUUUGUAUAAUUUAAAACUUGAUUACAAAAAAAAUUACAGAAAUGGCCUUCAACAAUCAGAUGACUCAAAUGAUUGUACUGGUCGGCUCUCCGGCUUCUGGAAAGAGUCAUUUGAGCAAAUGGCUUCAAGAUGAAUAUGGAUUUUCAGUAGUGAAUCAGGACACACUGGGUACCAAAGAAAAAUGCCUCAAAAAGUGUGCUGAACUAAUAGAAGAAGGCGAAAAAGUCAUCGUAGACAAUACUAACAGAGACAAAAUGACUAGGUAACUUUUAUAAUAGUAGGUGCUAAACAGUACAAACAGUACACGAGGUUUUACAUAGACUUCUUGUGAAUACUAAAGAGUCUAUAUAUUAAUGUAGCAUCUUUUUCUAUAUUAAUAUAGCACCUCUUGUCGAAUUUAUAUUUGUGAUUUAGCUAUGACAUACCGAUGUAAAUUUUUUACAGAAAGAGUUACAUUGAUUUGGCAAAAAAGUUGGAAGUGCCAAUAUUUUGCAUCAAAAUGAAUGUCGAUUACGCUCAAGCUGCUCACUUGAAUACGUUUCGUACUGUAGUAGGUACUGACAAUGCUCACAAAUCUGUCAACAGCUUCGUCUUGAAACAAUACUUCAACGGUUAUCAGGUAGGAUACUUUAUAGUUACCGUGCCAUAAUGUAAUGUGAAAAGUAAUAUGAUAUUUAGCUAAUGUUGUGUAGUAUGAACGAUGGCUUACUUAGAAUAACACUAAUUUUUCCUAUCGUGAGUAAUAAAAAAUUGUGAUUCUUUAGGAACCAACGACUUCAGAAGGCUUUGAAAAGGUGGUUGCCUGCAAUUUCAUUCCGCGAUUUGAAAGCGACGAACACAAAGACAUCUUCUCCCGGUAUCUCAACGAAUAA